AUUCAUUGUUUGAUGUAAAUACAGUACUACUGUAUCAUAAAACAAUUUUAUUCACCCUAAAUAUACAAUUUUUAAUUUACAGUUAAGGAUUUUUAAAAAAAGACUUUGUAUUUUAAAAAUUAUUAAAUUUAUCAUUUUUUUAAAAUUAUUUUUAUACAAUGGGCAAUGCUGAUACAAAAUUAAAUUUUCGAAAAGCUGUUGUACAACUGACAUCAAAGUCUCAGGAAAUUGAUGCUAAUGAUGAUAGUUUUUGGGAUCAGUUCUGGUGUGAGAAUGUUUCGAGCGUUCAAGAUAUUUUCACAUUAAUACCAGCGCCUGAAAUUCGAAUAUUAAGGGAAGAAGCGCCAUUAAAUUUAGGAAAUUUGUGUUAUAAAGCUGUAGAAAAAUUAGUAAAGGCCGUUGAUUGUAGUUGUCGAACACAAGGAGAGCAUCAAACGGUUUUAAAUUGUUGUCGCUUAUUGACACGUUUAUUACCGUAUAUAUUUGAAGAUCUCGAAUGGAAGGGAUUCUUUUGGGAAAGCUUACCGGGAAAAGAAGAAGAGCAAAGUAUGCCCUUGGCGCAUUCUUUACUUAAUGCCCUCUGUGAUUUACUUUUCUGUCCGGAUUUUACAGUAGUUGCGAGCAAAAAAUCGGGGCCUGAUAAAGCUGAAGAAUUGCAAUCUGUAGAUAGUUGUGAAUAUAUUUGGGAAGCUGGUGUAGGAUUUGCGCAUUCACCACCAAGACAUCCGAUACUCGAUGCUAACCGAACGGAAUUAUUAAAGUUACUUUUAACAUGUUUUAGCGAAACAAUGUACAGUCCACCAAUAGAUCUGUCUGAAUCUCCAAAUAGAUGGAUUCAGUAUUUAACAAGUGGAGAAAAUAGGCAUGCUUUGCCAAUGUUUACAUCUUUAUUGAAUACAGUAUGCGCUUAUGAUCCCGUGGGAUUGGGAGUUCCGUACAAUCAUCUCAUUUUCACGGAUUCCUUAGAGCCUUUGGUAGAUGUUGCUUUACAGAUUUUGAUAGUAACACUUGAUCAUGACACAAGUACUGGCAUUUCAAUGGAUGAAACUGCAGUUGGUGAUAAUCUCUUCAUAAAUUAUUUAAGUCGUAUACAUCGAGAUGAAGAUUUUCAGUUUAUUCUAAAAGGAAUUACAAGGCUACUAAAUAAUCCACUUAUGCAAACUUAUUUGCCAAAUUCAACAAAGAAAGUACAUUUUCAUCAAGAAUUGUUGGUUCUUUUUUGGAAAAUGUGUGAUUAUAAUAAAAAAUUCCUGUACUAUGUACUGAAAAGUUCGGAUGUUCUAGAAGUUUUGGUUCCAAUUUUAUAUCAUUUAAAUGACUCCAGAGCUGAUCAAUCUCGCGUUGGAUUAAUGCACAUUGGGGUGUUUAUUCUUUUACUCUUAAGUGGAGAACGUAAUUUUGGAGUACGAUUGAAUAAACCGUAUACAGCUACUGUUCCAAUGGAUAUUCCGGUUUUUACUGGUACACAUGCUGAUCUACUAAUCACAGUCUUUCAUAAAAUAAUCACUACCGGUCAUCAAAGACUGCAACCUUUGUUCGACUGUUUACUGACGAUACUAGUCAACGUUUCACCUUAUUUGAAAACACUAUCAAUGGUUGCUAGUACAAAGUUGCUGCAUUUAUUGGAGGCAUUUAGCACUCCAUGGUUCCUCUUUUCGGCACCUUCAAAUCACCAUUUAAUAUUUUUCUUACUGGAAAUUUUUAAUAACAUUAUCCAGUAUCAGUUUGAUGGUAACAGCAAUUUGGUGUACACAAUAAUUCGGAAGAGGCAAGUUUUUCAUGCUCUAGCUAAUCUUCCGACCGAUUGCAAUACUAUUACUAAAUCUUUGAAUAAGAGACAAAGAAGAUAUACUGGUAAUAAUUCUUCAAGUGAAAGUAUUAGCGAGGCUGCAAUGGAAGGUUCCCGUCCUGCUCAACCAGCGGAACCUGGCACUUUAAAAGCAACAUUAUUAGAAACACCAGGCAUUGAAAAAAUGACAGAAAAAGAAUCGGCACAUCCCUUAAGUCUUUCGACAGAUGCCAUUAAAUUAACAGACGCUGAUACGAAAGAAUCAGAAAAUUUAUCUGAUGAAUCACCGAGUAUUGGCAGGGCAAAUUCUAUCGUAUCGAGAGGAGGAAUCAGAGUCGGAGAGCACAUAACUCCUGAUGCUAAUCAGUGGGCACCUUCUGUUGAAUGGGUUUGCCAGUGGAAAAACAAGCUACCUUUGCAAACAAUUAUGCGAUUGUUACAAGUUCUUGUACCACAAGUGGAGAAAAUUUGCAUCGACAAAGGAUUAACGGAUGAAAGUGAAAUUUUAAAAUUUCUUCAGCAUGGCACACUUGUGGGCUUAUUGCCAGUGCCUCAUCCAAUACUUAUUCGACGAUAUCAAGCAAAUACUGGAACAACAGCCUGGUUCAGAACCUACAUGUGGGGUGUUAUUUAUUUAAGGAAUGUAGAACCACCAAUAUGGUACGACACCGAUGUUAAAUUAUUUGAGAUACAAAGAGUUUAAGAAUCAUGUCUUUAUAAACAUUACAUGAAUCAUAUAAUUACAUCUGUUGCAAAAACAAUUUGAUGAAAACAAUUUUUGUGUGUCAUAAUAUUGAUCGAUUAAUCACACUCAAUUUUUAUAGGAUUUUUCAGUAGAAUCAAAAUCUUACUUUGAAAAAUAUUUUAUUUAUUCUACAUUAAAAAAGAAUAAUAAGGUUUUCAAGGACCAAUAUUGUAAUAUUUCUAAAAUAUUAACAUUCAUUUAAUAAUUUUUUAAAUAUCAUAACUGGUAGCAUAAUAGAGUCAGUAUUUUAUAUAUAAAAUUUUUAUAUACGUGAACUGUUUGUGUACGCGAUACACAUCUGAAUACAUUUUAAAUAAUUGUAAACUGUAAUAUAUUCCUUUUUGUCUUUUUCUUUUGUAACAUAAUUUUAUUUAUUUAUUUAUUUUAUGUAAUUCAAUUAGAGGUAUGACAGUUAUAAUUAUUACAAUUUUCGUAAAGUUUUUAUGUUUAACAAGUAAUCGUCAUGUGAAGAGUUAGAGUUUCAAAAAUUACAAAAUGGUAGAUACAAUAUAGCCGACAAUUCUUCAGAAGUUGGAUUUU